AUGACUUGGCUCGGUAAGAGCGCUGAGUCGGUGAUUGUUGACCGUUCAGUCGGCACGAGGAGAGCAGGUGGUUGGGGAACCUUGGAAGAGAAGCGCCGGGAUGAUCUUCGGUUGCGCUCUCGUUUCCGCCCACCAACACCUCACCCCUCAUCCGUCAACAUCAUCACUAUGCUCAUCAAGCUCAUUAUUGGCACAUGGUGUAUCCGUGGAGGCCCAUUGCACGCAACUGGAAGCUCAACUGCAGAUCAGCAGAGCACCAAAAAGCUAUCAAACUCACGCUCCGACUCGGGAGGGCUUCCUGCGCGACGGUCACCUUCAGAGGUCGGCCAUAUUACUCUAUACCGAAUAUGCAUAUCAACGGUCUCGACCCUUGAGGCUUAA